AUGUCAGAUAAACAAGAAAAUACAACUCCAACACUAUUGAUACAAGUUCAAAAAAGUAAUAACAACCUGCAACAUAGUGGCAAUCGUAAACCACAUCGUUAGUUAAAAUUAGGUUGUAUACAAUUUUUUUUUUUUUAGGCUUAUAUUAUUAUGAUGUAUUAAUAUUUGUAUUUAACAGAAAUGAUUUAUUUAUUUAUACUCGUAGCUAACUAUUUUAUGUUUAAUAUUAUUUAAUAUUUUUUAUAUUGUCGAAUAGAUUUUUAAAAUUGGUUACUAUUUAUUAUAUAAUUGGUUCAUGUUAAAAUUUAUUUUAUUUUUGAUUUUUAUGGGCCAAAUAUAAGACAUUAUUAUCAUUAUUUUUAUUAAUAUUACUAUGUGUUAAGCUACGUUGUGUAGGUAAUCAGAGUUAGUCAGUCUGUAUUUAUUACUGUCUUAGGUAACGCUUCUCUGAUUCAUCAGUAAAUAAAUUGUUUAACCUUUCAUUAGUCGAAUGUAUUUCUUUUUAGUUAUUUACAAUACAAUAGCUACAACACGAUAUUUACAAUAGCUAGUAGGUUAUGUUAAUGAUAUUACUAGGUGAAGAUAUUGAUGUUGGUUCCUAACAAUAACGAUGUUUCGGCGUUCAUUGGUUCGGUGUAAUAUUUAUACAUAUAAGAAAUUCACUUCAGGAAUAUUAUAACUUGAUAUAUUAUAUUAAAAGUUAUUAUUAUAACAAUAACAAUACUUAAAAAAUUGUUUUUGUUAUUCAACUUUCCUACCAGCGAUUUUACUCCGAUGUAAAAUGAUAGCACUUUUUCUUAAAAGAAAUCUGACUGGGGAGGUAUUAUGAGGAAGUCAUUUUUAGAUUUUCCAAGGAAUUUUCCCAAUAAAUGGGAAAGAGUAAACCUAGAAAAACGUAGGAAGAACGGGAAAAUGAGUACAAUAUCAAACAAAUAUUAUUAAAGAAAAUAUAUAAUGCCUAUGUAAUAAUUUUACCAUAAUAUGGCAUAUAUAUUGUUCACAAAGCAACACUAUCAACUGAACUCCAUUCAGAAUCGUUUUUUCGUUAGCAAUAUUUUUUUUAUUUUGUGUACAAAAAUUCAACCAGACAUUAUGCUCCAGAGUAUCAAAUAUAGCCAGUGUUUUUAACAUUCCUUUUUAAAAAAAGGAACUCGUUCUCGUUUCUCGUUCCUUAAAAAAAAAUAACUUGUUCAUUAAGCGUUCCUUUUUUUUUUUUAUCAGUUUUGAUAUCAUUCAUAAUGUACACGUAUUAUCACGAACUUUACGUAGUUAAUUAAAUAGUUUCACGAAUUGUUAUUAUUUUUAAACAAUAUUACAAAAAUUAAAAACCACGAGUAUAUCUAAUGUGGGGAAACAUUGGUAAUUUUAUUUCUAAAAUUAAAACUUAAUAAUUAAUUCUAUUAUCAUUUAUAAACAGUGGAAGGUAUUAAUUAUUUGUUUUUUGUACAUAAUACAUAUAAUUUUAUAAAAUUUGAAUAAACAUAAUAUAUAAUAUAAUUAUAACAAUGUAACAUUUAACUCAAACUCAGUACGCGUAUAGUAUAAUAAAUCCCUAUAAAACGUAUAUAAAAACCGGCCUACGGGCUAAUGCUAGCGCACUCUGGUGAACAGCCAGUUUGCCGUAAUUUUUCGCGUCAAUACCGUAACAUUGAAAUAUACGAGAACGGCGCCACCUUAUCUUCUCUACAUAGUGAUAUUGGUAAUUGUGCAGUGUGUCAAAAGUUUAGAACGGAAAAUACAAGAGGUCCAAUGUUAUCUCACGAGGUUCAUUUGUUAAAGUGGCGUGUGAUAUUUUGAAUUUUUGGUAAGCAAUCUUAUUAAGUUUUGAUGGGUUAUUAUUCCCCGGUUGGUUAGAGUCGAAUAUUUUAUCCUUCAAAACAGCAACUCGGAUAAUACAAGGUUUAAAAGUUAUUUUUCCGCUCAUGGUGUUCCCGAACAGUCAAUCGCUGAUAAUACGCCUUUUAUUUCUACAGAUUUUUCUCAAUUUGCUAAUGAGCGGGGUAUUGCGGUAAUUGCAACAAGCCCUAGAUGUCCAAGAUCGAACAGUCUUGCGGAAAAAGGAGUUGGUAUUGCAAAAUCACUUUUGAAAAGGGUAGAAGAGAGUAAGGCCGGCAUACAGUUAAUGUUAUCGGAGUACAGAAAUAGUGUUAUUAUUGGGUGUAGGUAA